CAACCAAAGUCACCCGUAAAAUUGGGGCGGCGAGGUGAGGCGGACUGGCGGAGGACAACCGGGGCGGAGGCUCUGCGGGACGGCCGGCCGGCCGCCCGCCUUCCAAGGUCCCCAGUCGCCACCGCAGCCCGUUUCGCAUACGAACCUGGGUCGACGGCGUGUGAUUCGCAGCCCUUGGUCGCCGUCGCCGCAACUGGGACCUGCUUCACAUUUCACAACACAAGGAACAGAGCAGGAUUCGGAGAAAAAAAAUUUGAAGCCAGCUAAACUGAGGUUAGGCUCUUAGUUGCUCGUGAAAAAUAGCACUAUGAAUGUACUGACUAUUUUCCAAAUACUUUUCAACGAAAUUGCAAAGCUAACUCAUGUGAAGUUAUGUCUAUCCUGAGAAAAUUAUCCCCUUUGUUGCAUUUUAAUCUAGCUGCAGAUCCCUUCGAAAUAUUAGUUAAAAAGUGCACUAGCUCAUGGCCUUGUGGGCAUGACAUGCCAUUUUACAACAUUGCUUAUAUAUGUUACUACUACUACUAUUCUUCUCGUGCAAAAUUAUUUGGAGAGUGCUAGCAAAUUGAGAUUUGGUUUAUGCUUGUUUAAACAAAUGUUUGCACUGAAGGUAAAUUUUCUUCGUAUCGAAAUAUUUUGCAUAGAUGAUUCGUUAGAAAAUCAAAUGUAACUUCAGCAGAUAUUUACUUGUGUCUCGUUACCCCAGAAAACCACCGUGAAGUCUGAACAAAAUAGGGAAUUGUGCUGAUACAACAUGAGUGACGAUUUCUCUUCUCUUCUGUUUUCUGUUCUUUCCCUCUAAAAAAUCAUAUUUUUUCUCACAAUUUUCUGGAGAGAUGGAUAUCCAUUGCAAAGCGUGCACAUAUUAUACACUUGAAAGUUGAAACAGAAACAUAGGACAAAGACUAUCCUUAAUCCGUUGUGCAGUGCUUGAUCAGCUGGUUAAACAUGUCUUGUGACCUGGAGGUGAGGCAAAGUCAACUAGCUAUUCGUUCUUCCACCAGCAACUUGCAUGUUAAUUAAUCGGUCACGAUCUGAAUCUGUUACUAAACACGAUGGCCCUUCACCCGUGCAGUUCAGUUUGUCACCCGUAAUGCAGACAUGACAGCCUCCUAAUCAAGCUCAACCAGCGAUGCCUCUUUGGUUGAGUGGCUUCUGUCGCAGCUCACCACGAUUUACACAUGAUAAUGAUUCUUGCUGUCUGCUGGUUCAGCUGUGCGGUUGCUUCAACCUCUUUCCCUAUAUAAAGAGGAAGCCAAAGCUGGGAAGACAACAUUUCAGUACUUCUCUUUGAUCUCCAGCAAAAAGAGUCUUCAUAACUUCGCUUCCAUUCCAACUUCAAAAGCAUGGCCUGCCACCUGAGAUCCGCGAGUGUGCCCUCAAGCCCUCGCUCCAACGGAACCAAUGUCGAGGAACAGAUCCGGAGCCUGACAGCAGCCAUCUCUUCUCCCUCUGCAACCAUCCAAACCAUGAUUGAUGGUCUGUCCAAGCUCGGGACCAUCUACAGCUGCAUCGAUGAGCUCAUUUGCUUUCCCAGCAGCCAGCGUCAACAAAGGAAGGCAGUGGAGGAGGAGCUUGAGUGCUCUCUCGUCUUGCUCGACCUCUGUGAUGCCAUGCAAGAAAGCUUCGCAGAGUUCAGGACGAGCAUCCAGGAGAUGCAAUUGGGCCUAAAGAGAGGAGAUGAUGUGGCUGUUCAGGCCAAGGCUCAGUCUUACGCUCGUUCGGUCAAGAAGGCGCAAAAGCAGUUCAAGAAGAUCAACAGCAAGGUUGCUCUUGACACUGAUAACUGCAGGGUGAUCAAGCUAUUGUCUGAAGCAAGAGAACUUGCUCUGUCGAUGCUGGAAUCGACAUUGUACCUCCUGUCAAAGGAGAUCUUGAUGCCGAGUGCUAGCAAGUGGUCUCUUGUCUCCAAGGCAUUCCAGAAGAAGAGAGUCGCGUGCAAGGAGGAGCAACUGCAGGUCUUGGAGUUGGAGAUUGUUGAUCUUGAGAGCGAACUCCAGAUUGUCUUCAGGAGACUGAUCCAAUCCAGGGUCUCGCUUCUCAACACUCUUAGCCUGUAGAAAGAUCAUACACCAACCAACUCUGAAUUCCUGCGAUUAGCAUCCGCCUUUUAGAGGAUUGGCUGAUCAUCGAAACAAUUUUGAUGUAUAUAUGAGACAAAGUGUACAGAAAGAUACUCAAUGAAAGAGCAAAGUUUUGAUCCA